AUGAUCCAUGAUCCUUUCUUUCCUCAACCUUUGAAUAAACUUGUCGUCGUCGAAAUACAUUUCUCUUCGUCUGAGGACGCAUUAAAAUACUUGAUGAGUGAUAACAUUUCUUUGAAAGAAAAGCUCGAAAACUCCUUGAUAACCAUCAUCCACUCAUCUCUUUAUGGUAAUAAAGAAAACAUGUCCCAAGUAAAAAGAAUCAACGAAGAAUGGGUAGAGAUUAUGAAUCCAUUCUCUAAAGAGCUCUUCUACGCAAAUCCUGACACUGGAGAGGCUUCAUGGGAUAAACCGCAGGACGCAAAUUUAACGCAAAGAGAUCCUAACGAAGAGUGGUGGGAAUUAUGGGACGAUAACCACAAAAUUACAUUUUACUAUCACGCCGCUACCGGUAAGACGGAGCGAGCCACACCAGAGACAGGACAUAUUAUAAAAUUGACUAAAGUUCAGAAAUCCUCAAUCGGAAAAGGAUUGAUAGCUUCUGUCCCACGAGCUUGGCCUGAUUUCGACUCCCAACAAGUGGAAACCCAUAACACCGACAUUAACAGUGCUCGAUCUUGGAAUGAGGGUGAUGUGUCGAACGUAAUUUCUUCGACGGAGACUAGAGGAUCUCCCGAAAGAGAAGACUACAUAUCAGCAGUGAGCACUCCUCUGGGCGAAAUCGAAACUUCUUCGAAAAAAGGAACCCGGAAAAAUAACAGGAAUGGUUGUUUCGUCGAUAGUGGUAAACUGUAUGUCAAAAGUGGCAGUGACUCAACUCAGUUUUCCCUUGAAUCGGUCACCAUCACAGAAAAUAUAAUAAAUACAAAGUCAUCGCGAGCCUCAAGGUCUGAAAGUGACUUGGCAAAGUUGAUUUCUGACGAAAUAAUCUUGAAUAAAUCCGAGUUUGGGUGUCGAAGUGAGGAAUAUGAUAGUGACAUAACGUGUAAUAACACGGCAUCUAUCUCGUCAAAACCACAAUCAUCACUCUACAUGUUAACACUAAUGAAAUCUGUCGCCAGGAGACCUUCAUCGAAUACUUUAAUAUCGCAUGGUUCGUCAAGUAGGCUUUCGCCUGCAGGUUCGCCAAAUGCUUCUACCGUGAAUCACGACUCACUUACUCGAGGGUCGUGGCCUAAUUUAGUCGACAGAAAAAAAGGCAAAACCAGAAUAAAUAAUCUUACCCGUUUUUAUAACAAGCGUACUAAUAGCACCCGUAAAAAGACAGAAGGGGAAACGCUCACCACGUCACGGGAACUAAAUGUUGGUGGAUCCUCGCCGAAGUACUUUAACAUACAUAGGGGAAUGUUCAGACGGAAGGUUUCUGUAGAGAGUAAGACACUAUUCCAGAAGAAAAAAAUCAAACAGCCGCUAAUUGCCUCGAAUCCACGAAUUAAAAGGGAUGCCAUCAAAAGUUUUAAAUCGAUACAACGAAUAAUGGGCGAUCGAACCAUGAAGAAAGGACCUCGUCGAAAUGUUAUAUCCACCACAACCCAUUAUUCUCGAUCCUCAUCUUCUGCACUGUCCUUGUCAUCAAUUAGAAUACUUGAGGAAACCCAGUGGUUGUUGAGUAAAGGAAUAACGAAUAAGGAGUUAAGAGAUGAGAUCUAUAUGCAAGUUUUAAAACAGCUGACCAAGAAUUCUAACAGCAACAGCAUAAAGAGAGGUUGGGAGUUAUUAUGCGUGCUUGUCAUAACAUUUCCACCUUCAAAAGAUUUCGAGAAACAAUUGAUGCAGUUUUUACAAGAACAAUUUAACAAACAAGAAAAUAAUGUGGACGUAUAUA